AUGCUCGCGUCGGAGGCGCUACUGCUGCAGAGGAGGAGAGAGGAAGCGCUGGAGGAGGGGAGAAGAGAGUUCCUCCUCUUCAGCUCUGAUCAUCCUCACGAACCUGCUCAACAUGUGAGGGGAGGUAGAAGGCGAGCAUGUGCAGUAGUGAUACAGGCCUUGUUCGAACUAGGGAGAGGGGAGGAGGCGGAAGACUUCACUCUGCAGGGCUUCUGUCCUGAUGGAUCGUCCAAGUGCUUUGGCCAGAUUCCUCCUGUUCUUGUUGAAGUUCUAUACAAGCUCAGAAAGUUCCUUGAUGAUGGUCGCACGGAACGAGCAGGAAAGCUCUUGCAAUCGUUCUUCGAUACCUACUCUCGGGAAGGGACGCCACAGGAGCAGCAGGAAGACAGAGAAGUGCUAAGCCGGCUAGCUCAGUAUUAUUUGCUCGAGGUUGUAGCAAAGGAGCAGGGAAGCAGUGCUUGCAAAGCUCACCUGCCUCGACUUGAGGCUUUUUUGAGCGAGCAUGCGAAGCAAAAGGUCAAGGACGCACUUGAGGACAAGGAGAAUUCUCCCGCUCACAGGAUCGAACAGCAGGCAGAUACGCCGGUGCAGGAGGAAACAGUCGCUCAGGAUCCCCACAAGAGAGAACCUGUUCUUCAGGAGAAAGCCGGUGCUGCGGGGCUGUCGUUGCUUGCCAGGAUGUCGUCCAAGGUGCUCGUGCGCGGGCUCUUACCUUCGUUGCUCGUAGCCCUCUUGAUGUCAUUCUUACGGAGCCCGCAAGUUCGGAAAAGAAUCCGGGUUACGUUUGAGAAGAACGGCAAACUGUGGACACCGCUUGCCGCUGUCUUCUCUUUCUUCUUCUUCUUCAUCUUUGCACUUUAG